AUGGCUGGCGUUGGGUUGGCCUUUCCGACCUCUGGUGUUCUGGUCUGGCUGUCUGAGGAUGACCUGAGCUGCGGAAUCUGCCAAACCCUCUUCUCCUGCCCCACCACGUUGCCUUGCGGCCACAGCUUCUGCAGCUACUGCAUCGAGCGCCACUGGUCACACCUGGGCCGGUCCCGGGGAGGCGCAGCCAGGGAUGGUGGCCCCGGAGUGCUGGGGACCCAGGGGACAGGCUGGCUUUGUCCCGUCUGCCGCAAGGAGGUCUGUAUGAGCCCCUGGCUGAAAAAAAACACGGCCCUUCAGGACGUGGUGGACAAGUACAACAAAGCCCUGAAGGAGGGGUCGGAGCCCUGGGAUCCCUGCCCAAAUCACCCGCCAACGCUACAGGAACCAAAACCCAUGAAAAGGAGAAUCAAUGAAGUCCGUCAGGAACUGGAGGGCCUGUUAGAACAGUUCAUUUCUGGAAUCACCAAACUUCAGCGUUUGGGACCCCUUGAGACAGGGAUGUCAGAGGACUUGAUCACCCAGGAGAAGCUGAAGAAUCCCAACAUAUUUCAAAGAACCAUCGAUGAAAUCAACAAUGAUAUCAAAGAACUGAAGAAAAAAAUUCAGGAAAAGUUAAUAUGGGAAGAAGAUCCCAGCAAAAUAGCAAAUG